AUGGCCCGAGCAUCGCUUCGCCAGAAGGCAGCCGUAAAGUACAGGGAAGUAGAUGGCGACGACGACGACGAGGUCAAGUCGACGACGAGUAAGGGCAAUUCGACAGGGACGAAGCGCAAGCAAGAAGACGACGAAGGCGACGACGACGACGACGACGGCGGCGGCGGCAAGAAGCUGAGCAACACCAAGGCUGCUCCUGCUGUCAAGAAGCCCAAGACAGCGCCGAAAAAGGCCACAGCCAAGGCGCAAGACGACAGCAUGCCUUUAGCAGAGCGCACAGCCAUAUCUGGCAUGAAGAAGGCCAUGUACAUUGGAGCCCACGUCAGCGCAGCAGGAGGUGUGCAGAAUGCCGUCACCAACGCCGUGCACAUUGGCGCCAACGCCUUCGCCCUGUUCCUCAAGUCGCAGCGCAAGUGGGAUAACCCGCCGCUGGCGGCCGAGGCGCGUGUGCAGUUCGCGAACCAGUGCCGGGCGCACUCGUACGAUGCGGCGUCGCACUCCCUCCCGCACGGCUCGUACCUGGUCAAUCUGGCAGCGCGGGACGCCGCCAAGGCGGACCAGGCCUACAGGAGCUUCGUCGACGACCUCUCCCGCUGCGACGACCUGGGCAUCCGCCUCUACAACUUCCACCCGGGAAACACCAACGGCGAGCCGCGCGGCGAGGCCAUCGCCCGCAUCGCCGGCCAGCUCAACAGGGCUCACGGCGCCACCCGCCACGUCGUCGCCGUCCUCGAGAAUAUGGCCGGCAGCGGCAACGUCGUCGGCUCCUCGUGGGAGGACCUGCGCGACAUCAUCGCCCUCGUCGACGACAAGUCGCGCGUCGGCGUCUGCAUCGACACCUGCCACGCCUUCGCCGCCGGUUACGACCUGCGCUCCCCCAAGGCAUUUGCCGACACAAUGUCCCAGUUCGACUCUAUCGUCGGUCGUCAAUACCUCAAGGCCGUCCACUUAAACGAUAGCAAAGCCCCCUUCGCGUCUCACCGCGACCUCCACGCCAACAUCGGCACCGGCUUCCUCGGUCUCGGCGCCUUUCACAGCCUAGUCAACGACGAUCGCUUCCGUGGUAUGCCCAUGGUCCUAGAGACCCCCAUAGAUUCCAAGGAUGAAAAGGGCAAGUCAGUCGAGGACAAGCAGGUCUGGGCCGAUGAGAUCAAGCUUCUCGAGAGUCUGAUUGGCAUGGACCGCGACGGCGACGAGUUCAAGCGUCUGGACGCCGAGCUGCAGGCUCGCGGAGCCGACGAACGCAAGAAGAUACAGGCUCAGGCUGACAAGAAGGCGGCAAAGGGGGGCAAGAAGAAGUGA